CCGCUGCUGCGGCUAAGUGCAUUGUAAGUGCUUCGGGCCAAACAUGAAUGCGGCUAGUGAAAUAUGUUUUGGCGUGCAUAUUUAAUGGCAAUCAAAGCACAGCAACAACAACAACAACAACAACAGCAGCAGCGGCAAUAACUAUGUGAAAACCCGUACCGAACCAUUUUAAACGCCAUCAAUUUCAAUUUUCCAAAUUAAAUGUGCGUCGGCUGAGACGUCUGCGGCGACUGAGGCGGCUUCUCGGCCAGCGUCAGCAAAUAAUUAAUAAUUCAUUACGUUGUGGCAACUGCAAUGACAUAAGCCCAAGCCGAACGCAGCCAAGUUCAACAACUCGAAAUGAAAGCGAUAAACGGCAAACGACAAGCGACAAUAGGCGAAUCUUUAGGGAAAAUUCACACAGCGAAAGAGAAAGAAAAACGCCAAAAAGCCGAAACGCUAAAAUGCCACAGCGAACGCUGCCACUUAGGAAAAAUCAUCAUCAAACUUAUCGCAAAAAUCAAACAGACCCGCCAGUUGACUGCGGUGCCGGCUCCUCUCCGCUUUGGGGGCCAACCCGCUUGACUGCUUGCCAUAGGCAAAAAGCUGUUAAGUGUUUGCUUGAGGAAUGCACAGUUUGGGGUUAUUCACACCGAAACUUAAUGCUCUUUUGGCUAUUUCCGUAACAGCGCCGCUGCCAUGUGGCCCAAACUUGAACUGCUAGCAGCGACGGCCGCUGUCAUUGGCAUCUGUCUGCUGGCCGCGGCUAAAGUAACCCACGCAUCGGUAUCUGCCGGCAGCACCACCACCCUGCCGCUGCCCCUGCAACUGCCCACAAUACCACAGAAUUCGACAACGCCAACGAGCAAAGACAACACCAGCGACAACUCUGAUGACGCCUUGAGUGACAGCCUGGAGGCGGUGCUUAAUAAGCAGGCAGUCAGCGAGCUGCAGGUCAACGAUGAUCCGCCCACAGCCAGGGAAGUGCUUAAGGAAGCGGAGCCGAAGGAACUGGAAGCGACAACGCCCUUGCAACAAUUUGUGGGAAAAUUCUUAAGCUGUCCUAGAUUGCGGGAAAUAGACAACUUUUUAGUAGUCUGCAGAUGGAGAGAACAAAAGCAGCUGCUGCAGAUAUCAGCACAGAAAUCUCUUCUGUCAAUUUGCGAACAUAAUAUUGAGCUUUGCUCUAGAUCUUACCUUGAAAGGCAGAUAGAUAUAUUUCCUGAUCCAUCAGCCAUCUGAGCUGCUACCUAAUUUGUAGAUAUCUUCCACUACGAAAUGGAACUGAAAUUGCGGACGUAAGCUGGUGGCUAGGCGGACCCAAACAAUAUUUUGCGCUCGGGUAUUGAUCCCAAAUACUGGUUACAUAAAGCAAAAGAUUACGUUGACACAUUAAGGGCUUUACAAGAAUUUCGUCAGCGAAAUGGACCUCAGGAUAGCUCUUUUGCUCAUUUUUGGUCAGACUUCAAAAUAAAGUAAUUCUGAAAUUGUGCAAUAUUUAAAGAUACUUCCAUAGACGCACAUGGAACAUUC